GUGUCGGGCGGAAUGGAGACUCGGUGGUACUAUAAAUUUCCCACCCACCCACAUCUAGCCCUCUCUGUAUGCUUCGGUGAUGUUGGUGGAAACGUUGCGGCCCACAAUGGAGGGAACCGUUCUGGCGCCGGCGGAGGCAGCUGGAGGGAAGGAAUCGGCGGCGACGAUGGCGGAAUUGGGGAAGGAGAAGCGCUUCCGUGGGGUGAGGAAGCGACCGUGGGGGAGGUUCGCGGCGGAGAUACGGGACCCGUGGAAGAAGACGAGGAAGUGGCUGGGGACCUUCGACACCGCGGAGGAGGCGGCGCGGGCCUACGACGCAGCGGCGCGCAGCCUCCGAGGCCCCAAGGCGAAGACCAACUUCGGGUGUUCCGCUGCCGUUCCGUCACCGCAGAUCGGCUGGAGGAUGGCGUCGCCGUGGCAACUGAGCUUCCCGGAUCCGGCGUCAGCUCCGAGCGGGCGAGAUCUGUUCCUCAGGCCUCCCGCGGUGGCAGUGGCGAGGGGGUCUAAAUUCUCCGGAUACGGGUUCGAGGCGGUGAAGAUGAUGAUGACAAGGGUCGAGGAAGAAGAGCAGGAGGCGGCGAAGGAGAAGAAGCGCUUCUGCUUCGAUCUCAAUCUACCCCCUCCUCCCAUGUGAUGUACAUCACCGACUACCAGGAUCGCUCGCCCCCCAUCCGUUUCGAGCUUCUCUUUUUUCCGUUUUUGUUAUGUUACUUAUCUUUUUUUUUUUUUCCUUUCGUGACAUUUUCUUUCAUCUCUCUUGCUGUUUGUAAAGGUUUAAUCAAACGCUAAUUUACCGGCCUAAAAAUAAAAGAAAAUAAAGGAAAAGGGGGAGAACACCCUAA